AUUUUAUUUUGAAAACCUUACCCGGAACUGCUGGCCUCGUCACACUGGGUGACUUUACGGUUGGACUGAUCUGAGACGGAGUUCAGACAGCCAGGUAAUGAAAACAGACAACACUAUCAACAACCCCCGAUGAAGGACGGUAUGGAUUACCAGUGUGAGUCGUGGACCGAUUUUUCUCUGACGCCUGGAUUACAGAGAUGUACUUUGUUCUGAAAUGACGGUAUGACAUGUGUUUGCUCCAGUGAAGACAGCCGAAGCUCGUUCAUCGAUCGUCUGGAGAGGGGGGCGACGUCCCAUUUAGCUAGAAACCUGAUUUUGAUCCGUCAGAAACAGAACCGCCGAAAUGCCUGGAAACACGACACCGGUACCGGUGCUGCCGCUGGUGAUCAAUUGUUUCAUGUCUUUCCUCGGCUGCAUGGCCACAAUGAAACUCAUCCCUGCUUUCAAAGACCACUUCCUCGCAGCCAGGUUGUGCGGAAUGGACCUGAACAAAACCUCCAAAAAGGAAGUUCCAGAGUCUCAAGGAGUCAUCAGUGGAACGGUCUUCCUCAUCAUCCUCUUCUGCUUCAUCCCAGUGCCUUUCCUCAGCUGCUUUGUGGGAGAUCAGUGCACGGGCUUCCCACACGAUGAGUUUGUGCAGCUCAUCGGUGCACUUCUGGCCAUCUGCUGCAUGAUCUUCCUGGGCUUUGCCGACGACGUGCUGAACCUGCGGUGGAGACACAAGCUCCUGCUGCCCACCAUGGCCUCCCUGCCGCUGCUCAUGGUCUAUUUCACUAACUUCGGCAACACGGUCAUCGUGGUGCCCAAGCCCUUCAGAGCCCUGCUCGGGCUGCACUUAGAUAUGGGUAUUCUCUACUACGUCUACAUGGGAAUGCUCGCUGUAUUCUGCACAAAUGCCAUCAAUAUCCUGGCAGGCAUCAAUGGCAUCGAGUCAGGUCAGGCCCUGUUUAUCUCCGGCUCCAUCAUCGUCUUCAACCUGCUGGAGCUCAAUGGAGAUUACCGUGAUGACCAUGUUUUCUCCCUCUACUUCAUGUUACCAUUCUUCUUCACCACAUUAGCACUUUUUUACCACAACUGGUACCCCUCGUCUGUCUUUGUGGGAGACACUUUCUGCUACUUUGCCGGGAUGACUUUUGCCGUAGUCGGCAUAUUGGGACACUUCAGCAAAACGAUGCUCCUGUUCUUCAUCCCUCAAGUGGUGAACUUUGUCUAUUCCCUGCCUCAGCUUUUUCACAUCAUCCCCUGUCCCAGACACCGGCUCCCCAGACUGAAUCCAGACACAGGGAAACUGGGGAUGAGCUACUCUAAAUUCAAAAGAAAGGACCUUUCUAAUUUAGGAAAUCUCAUCUUGAAGGUGGCAGAGUUAUUAAAGCUGCUCGAGGUGCGGCGAGACCAGGAGGGAGAUGAUGACUUUAUUGAGUGCAACAACAUGACUUUAAUAAAUCUGGUUCUGAAAUUUCUCGGUCCCAUCCAUGAGAGAAAUCUCACAGUCAUCAUGCUCAUCAUACAGGUGAUGGGCAGUGCAUUGGCUUUUGGGAUACGGUAUCACCUGGUGCGUCUCUUCUACGAUGUCUAGACGACUCUGCGGGAAACUGCAGCGAAUGCUUUGUGCGAAAAUAAGAUAUUGUUAUGGAACUAUUUUACAAGCUUGUGGUUUAGCUGCGUUUUGAUAGAUUCCAUUACCUCACUUUUACUUUUCUGCCUCAGUCUCUGCCUGCAUUAGCGACUAAGUGCGAGAUUUCAAGCUAUAUUUCACUCUGUCAGAACAUUUUCACAUAUGAGCAUAAACGGCAUACACCAACAGCACUGCAGUUUGUUAUCCUCCUUUGGGUUCAGUAAUUAUGAGCAUGAACAUGUGACUCAUCAGAAUUAUCUUGAAUGUCCACCCUGAAAUAUAUUUUUUUGUACUAGGUUUUUUAAAGGAAAGUACAGUCAGUGGGGAUGAGUUUUGAUUUCCAGGGCAGUUUUUUUCCUAAAUUUGAUAAAAUAUUAAUGGAAGUAUAAGUGCUCUACAAAUAUUUUCUUUUAAAAUCCUAUAGUGGUCCAUUGCUUGAAAAUACUGCUGAAGAAAAAGGGUCUAGGGUAUAUACCCACUUGCACUUGAUUUUUUUAUGACUAUCAAUCCAUGCAACAUGGGUGGGAAAGUUGGACCUUUUUGUUUGAAUGGUUUUACCUCUGAACAAACGCACACAUAAUGGUGAUUGUGAAGAAAAGCAGUGAGAGGAUAAAUCAGUAAGAGUCUAAUGACUGUCACAGGGAAUUACAUGAAGGCAGGUAAACAAUGUCGAUAUUAGAACAGAUAAAAUAAGAUUAUAGUUUGGGGUUGUUGUAAAAGUUACUUAGGGUGUGGAAGGUUAAGGAUGUCCUGUCAAAAAUAAUAAUUGAUUUGACCCUCAUUGUAUUGGUAGGUACAAAGAUUUGUAUGACUUUUUUUUUUUUUAAUGAAUGAUAAGCAUUUUAUCCCAAAGAUUCAGCAAACAUCAAUGUGAAGUCAAAUGGCACUGGACUCUUUUGUUUAGCAAUGUAACCACAUGUGAGAAACUGUUUACUGUUGAGAUGGAAGGCUCAAAUUCAAAAAUAAAAGCUGAACAAGGUAAAACAUGA